AUGCAGCAUGCGCUUCCGCAAGCCCCGCGUCUGCCUCCGGAGCAGUUCAGUGAAGUCGGGACCUCCGUUCUGCGCUUCGCCUACCUGUGCGGCGAAGCAGUCACAUCACGUAACACCCGACGGCCUAACAGCGGCAUCCGCCGGCGGCGGAAGUUGGCGCGCGCCCUAGCAGGCCCUCCGGCGGAGGGAGCAGGCGGCGGAGACGACGACGGCGGUGGCGGGGACAACGGCUGCGGCGGCGACGACGGAGACAAUAGCGGCGUCAAAGUGUGGAGACCGGCAGAGACGGGUGGCGGUGGAAACAGCGGCGGCGAUGGCGGAGACUGCGGUGGUGACGUAAUGAAGAUGGCAGCGAAGGCGGCAACGCACGGCGGGAUGCGGAGCAAGCGAAAUCUGCAGGUGGUCCGGCGCGCUUGCCGCCGCCGCUGCCGCCGCGGCGCCCUUGCACCUGGAUGCCCUCCGCAGACGUGGCGCCUCCAGCCCACUUGUGGAGUCGCGGCGGGUGCGUAACGAGAUCAGGCAAACGCAGCAGGGCGAGUCGAAGCAAAUAUGAACGAAAAGCAAAUAUGGAAUAAAAGUGAGACUUUUUCUUUCUAUAUGAAGCACUAGCUUCUUGGUGCGGUGGUUUGAAAGCUCAUGGGAAUUUGUCCAUCGAAAUCAUUGCUUAGAAGUGUCCAGACUAAAAAUUAUGAGUACGUACUACAUCAACACAGCUUUGACAAUAGAUGAUUCCGCCUCUCGUAUGUAUUUUCAUAUUCAGUUUAUUUUGCUUAUAUCUUAUUACAUGGGAAGUUCAUUUUGAAGAUUUAUUACAUAGUUUUUUGUUAAGGUACACUUAAAUUGUUGGACGAUUUUGUAAAAUAUUUCUCUGUAAUUAAUUAUGGUAAAUAUCUUAAAAUUUGGCAAAGCAUAUUGUAUAUUUUAUUAUUAACUGUCGAAACACUGUAAGUGAAUACAACUCCAGCGAAAUAGCAACACAAGGUUCUUGAGACUAAAAUGCUCAUAACCUGCUAGCUGAGUAUCUAAGAUUCCGAAAAUAUAUUUGUUGUUGCCUGCACCGUUGGUGUUAUGAGUAAUGCACUUUUAGAAGGAUAAUUGUUUUUGGCCAUUUUUGUACUCGCAUACCCAAAAUUUUCAUUUGUGGAAUUUCUACGAAUAUCCGUAGCAGUUUAAAAUACAGUAUAUACUAGACGAAUUUAUCAAUUGUGCAUAUG